GAGGCUAUUCUGAGAAAUUGGUUAUUCAACAGCAAAGGCACGCCAGAUGGUUUUCGUGCAUUUGACUGGCUCCAGGAGCUGAAUAACCUGUACACCAAGGUCAUCUUUGCAGGCAAGGGACCUAACCAUACAAAACAACUAAUCUUCAAGCGGUCUCCAUUGCUAGAUGUCUAUCGAUCCAUGCAAGAAACAAUCGAAGACAGUUUUUACCUUACUCAUCGCACGGUCCAACACUCAAAGCCGAAGAUGGAUAAUACUCUUCGACGACUUGGAGAUCAUGUGGCAACGCUCCAGGGCCAUGUUUUCAAACCCGGCCGA